AUGGCGAGCCGCGCCGCCCCGCCCGCCUUCCUCACCCCCUCGCCCACCGCUCUCCGCAACGCACUCUCGAUCCUCGCCGAGCGAGAACACCUUCGCCGGACUCUCGCAGCCGAACGCAGGAGCGGAUGCCAAGUGCGGAUACACGGGCGCGGCGAGCCCGCGAACGGCGCGACGGACGAUGACUGCGAGGGGUGGUAUUCCGUUUCGGCGGGAACUUCGCGGGAGAAUGUGGCCAAGAACCGGUACGGCGACAUCGUUGCGUACGACCGGACUCGCUGUCUGCCCCCACCUCGAACGACUGCCUCGUCCGACGAGGCAAACUAUGUCAACGCGUCGCUCGUGCGCGAACCUGAUCUCGGUUUCGACGAGAGGGACGUGCCUAGACGGUGGUGGGUCGCUGCGCAGGCGCCUAUACCGCAAACACUCCACGACUUCCUCUCCCUCCUCCUCACACCUCCCUCUUCCCUCGCACACCAGUCCCUCUCCCCACCAGCCACCGAGCUCCCUCUAAUCAACCUCAUCGUCCAGCUCACCCCCCUCGUCGAAGGACGCCGCCAAAAAUGCCAUGCUUACUUCCCCGCGAACGUAGGCGAGACGGCACGGAUACCGUCUGCGAGUGGAGAGGAAGGGGAGGGGGUGUGGAUUCGUUUGGAGGAGAAGAGGGAGAGCGAGGGUGCGAGGGAGAGUUUGCUGGGAGUGGGAAAGGAGGGGGAUGAGCAGGGACGGAAGGUGGUGCAUCUCGAGUAUUUGGGAUGGCGGGAUCAUGGAGUUCCGGAAGACGCCUCCCACCUGCUCCGCUUCAUCCAGCGCGUCCACUCGCUCAACGCCUCCCUCUCACUCACCCCCUCCAGCUCACCCUCCCCAAUCCUCCUCCACUGCUCAGCAGGCGUUGGCCGAACAGGCACCUUCAUCGCCAUCUCCUCGCUCCUUCCUUUACUCUCCUAUCUCUCCCUACACCCCUCCACACCUCUUCCAAUCCCACCACAAGACCCUUCCCAUCCUCUCGGCGCUUACCCCGCACAUCGAACGCUUCUUGAACCCAACUCGGGAGCGCAAGAGCGGGCGGUGGUGGAUUAUGUAGGAGCGACGGUGGAUGGACUGAGGGAUCAGAGGACUACGAUGUGUCAGACGAAUGAGCAGGUUGGGUGGGUCUGGGAGGCGCUGAGGGAGGCGUGGAGGGCGGGGCUGUAUUGA